CUUCUAACCUCUAGUCGGUACCAUGUCUGUCGAUUUGUCUUCGUCUCCCGCCGCUCUCAUGGCCUUUGCGGCCUGGAUCGCUUUCCACAUGAUGGUUAUUAUGACCUACCGUGCCACGUUGGUCAUCACGGGUAAAAAAGUCAACACGUUUGGUCCAUCGCGCAGUGAUUCGCAAAGCUCGUUUAUUGGUCGCGUGGGUAGCUCGCACGCCAAUUGUCUGGAGAACUUUCCUCUUUUUCUAACGGUCGUGAUGGUGAAUACCGUGACGAGUGGACCCGACAUUAGCGAGUUGGCCUGGCACUACGUGUACGCUCGCGUCGCGCAGUCGCUGGCGCAUUGGUACAGCUUUUCGGAGCUGACUGUGAUGGUGCGUUUGACGAACUUUCUCGUCAGCUGGGGACUACUGGUUACCAUAGGAUACCGUACCAUGUAUCAUUGAGUGUGACCUUGCUGUCGCAUGUAUUUGUAUGGGGAUUCAAUUUUGGAUGUUGUCGCGGUGGUUGAUCCCAGCAUUGUAGGGA